CCUCUCCAUUCCCCCCAAAACUCAUAUCAAACACUUGCACAAAAUAUCAAACACCUUGUGCACGCACCACUCCUGCAUUGGCAUUACUUGUUUUCAAGCAAAUUAAGAAGCCAAAACCCAUCACACUCAAAAACAUGAUGAUGAAGCUUCAGAAUCAGCCUCUUUUCUCACUCACACUUACACUCAUCUUCCUUUCCCAUUGCACCAAAAUCAUAUCCCAAGCUCCUGCUGCUGCUCCGGCUGCUCCUGCCGCCCCAGCUACCCCAAUUGCCCCAGCUGCCCCAAUUGCCCCAGCUGCUCCAGCAAUUACAGGGCCAGCAGUUCCAGCACCACCAGCUGAUGCCCCUGCACCUGCAGGCCCAACCAACAUCACCAAAAUCCUUGAAAAAGCAGGUGGCUUCAAUGUCUUAAUCCGCCUUUUGAAAAGCACCCAAGUAGACAACCAGCUCUACAGCCAACUCAACAACUCAAAUAGCCAACUCACCGUUUUAGCCCCCACUGACAGUGCCUUCUCAAAGCUCAGCACAGGCUCACUCAACUCUUUGAGUGAUGAGCAAAAAGUCCAGCUCUUACAAUUCCAUCUGAUCCCAGAUUUUCUCACAAUCCAAAACUUCCAAACUCUCAGCAACCCAGUGAGGACCCAAGCUGGAGAUGGAUUUGAGUACCCACUAAACAUUACCACAUCAGGCAGGGCAGUCAACAUAUCAUCUGGUCUUGUCAACACCUCCAUUUCAGGCACUGUCUACUCUGAUAGUCAAAUUGCUAUUUACCAACUUGACAGUGUGCUCCAGCCUUAUGGUGUUUUUGCUCCCAAGCAUCACCCACCUUCACCGGCACCGGCUCCGGUGCAAGAGAAGCCUAAAAAGACGUCAUCAUCUGAUGACAGUCCUGUUGCUGAAUUGACGAAGUCUGCUGCUGUGCCUACUCUGAUCCCUAAAUUUAAUGGCAUUGUCUCCGUUGCAGUUGCUAUGGUUGCUGCUGCAGCAUUAAGCUUUUGUUGACAAAAUUGUUUGUUCCAAUUGGAGUUGGGUUGAAUUUGAAGGGUAAUGAUGUACGGUGACUGGUUUGGAAUAAUUGUUGUUUUGCAUGUCAGGAAUGUGAUCUGUAUGUGAGACCAAUGGGUUCUUAUCUGUUUUGUUGUUUGUAUCUGUAA